AUGGACGGCGCAAGGGAGAAGGGCAAAUGGGACUUCAGCCAAGUCACGUUCUCCCCGACUGCCCAACGAGCGGCUCGUCGGGAGACCCGUAACCAGACCCAACGGAACGCACGAUUUUGUACCAAGCGAUAUUUCUGCGCUAUGGGCAACAAGACGCACGGUCAUGGCCUCAAACAUGUCGACAUGAAUGAUACGCUGCUGUUUGCGAGUGGAAAUUUAGAAAAGGAUUAA